GCACCCUUCACGACGUCACAAAGACCCGGCGCAUGAUUAAGAUCCGUAUCGAAAAAAUAAAAUGUUGACGAGGGAUAGAGUCGGGGCCAGUUUAAUGUGUCCAGCGAGAGUGCUAAAGCCUCUCCCCGGGGCCAUGUGUCUCCUCCUGGGAGUCACUGGGGUCGGCAAAACUCUGCUGCUCAAGAGGCUGUACAAGAUGAGUUUGAAAGAAAGCACUGAUGAACUAGGAGAGCCUCCAACUACAUUGCCCACGGUGGGAACUAACUUAACCGAUAUAAUGGUUAAUAAAAAGAGGAUCACCGUUCGAGAACUAGGAGGUUGCAUGGCACCUAUCUGGCCAAGUUAUUACAGAGACUGUGAGGCUGUGAUAUUCAUGAUCGACGCUGCCAAUCCCACUCAGGUUUCCUCCUCCUGCAUUCAGCUCCUCUCUGUGCUUACUGCUGAGCAACUGCAGCAAACUUCCAUCCUCAUUCUCUUCAACAAGGUUGAUCUCUCCUGCUACAUGUCCCUUGUGGAGAUGAAAAGCCUGUUCAGGAUGGAUGACAUCAUUGCCUGUGCCAAACAGCACAUCAGCGUGUUGGAAGUUAGUGCUUGGGAUGGUAGAGGACUGGACGAGGUCUUCAAAUGGCUUCACUCUCAUCACAAGGGCAAACACUUACCUUGAAGACAGAGACAGAACCCUCCAUCCUGGCCAACUGGCUCUGAGCACAAGAGCCCAGAGAUGGAUUGAGGCAGAUGGGAUACAAUGGUUGGCUCGAAGCAAUUGUUACGAAGGAGAAUAUCGCUGUCCUUGUAACUGCAGAUGUAAAUUAUGGACAGCAAUCGAAAGUAGGGCAAGAAAUUUGUACUGCAGAUCAUUCAAACUCACCAUACUUGAAUUAAGAACAGAGGUUAUGGUGAAUUUAACAGUAUAAUUGUGUCAGCAGAAUCAAAUUGUUGUCCAUUCCAGCUUCAUUAUAAAAGUGACAGUAGAUUUAUUUGGUCCCAGGUUACAGUUUGGGUAACUACAAAACACCCCUGUGCAACUCAAAUCACAGCCGCACAAAUAACACCUUCCCUAGCUCUUCAUACUAAAAUCUAUUUCAAACUUGCAAUGUAACAUUAGUCUGUUCCUUCAUGUUGCCUCAGUCCCUGCGGAUUAUAGCCAAUGCGACAUUGUAUUAUAGGAUAAUGGUGGGAGCUUGGUCUUUUUAUGCUGCACCAAAUCAGGAGUAGCUGUUCUUUCAUAUCCAGUCAUCCCAUCCCACUUGGAAACAAAACUCAGCCAACAUCAACUACUGGUUGAUGCCAUUGGUCAUUUAUUAAAAGACAGAGGAUAAAGCUGGACUUAAAACCAAUAUAAACUACAAUUAGCAAAUAAAUGGUCCUCUUCUGAAAGAGAAGGAUGUGCCAACAAAGAGACCCCAGUGAGGACUGGUAAAUGGACAAGAUUCUUUUCAUUAAGUUGUACCUUCACCUUCAGAGCAAAGAAUCUCAGGCUGCUCCUGCCUCUUCCAAUUCCUUAAAGUUAAACCAAGCUUUCUUGUACCUUUUCUAAAACAACCAGCUGCUGCUGUGUAAUGCCCAGUUACCAGAAAACUUUCAAUGUAAAAAGGACUUACCAGUCAUCCACCAUCCUGAUCACAAGCACACCAGAACAUAGGAACAAAAAAGCUAUUUAACCCGGAGCUGUUGCGCCAUUCAAUGAGAUAAUGUACGCUCACCCCUUUGCCCCAUAUACACCUUUGGUUAUAAGAAAGCUAUCAGUCUCAGAUUUAGCACCAAUUGUCCCAGCAUCAAAAUCCAUUCAGAAGAGUUCUAAUCUUCUACCACCAUGUGUGUUUAGAAGUGUUUCCCCAGCUUCACCCAUGAAACAUCUGGCUCUAGUUUUUACACUAUAAUCCCCUAAUCCUGGACUCCCCAACCAGCACAAAGUUGACCCAGUCUAUUCCCCCGAAUAUCUUAAAUUUAACUCAAAUCAAAUCCUUUAAUCUUCCAAACUCCAGGGAACACAGCCCUUGUUUGUGUAAUCUCUUCUUGUAAUUUAAUCCCGUGAAGUCAAGAAACGCUAGGAGUACUUUAAAUAGUUGAAUCAAUUGCAAUAAAAUAUUGGAUUGACUGA